AUGAGUGGACGUCGAGGAAGGCAGUCGACACGCGCCCAAGGCAACCGGGCAAUUCUUGCUCCAGGUCCUGAUCCCAUUUCGGAGCCUGCACCUGUAUCUAACCCUACACCACCCCCAGCAUCGCCUACUCCUACAGAUUCAGUGGCAGAGUUGCGCCAAGAGGUUAGUGAGUUGAGGGGCACGAUGGCUUCCAUGUUGAGGCAUUUCGAGGAAUUCAUGGCCCAUCAGGGCAGGCCAGGACAAGCGCUGCCGGUAGCAGGGAAUGAGCCAGUCUUACAAGAAAAUGUUAGUGGUCAGACGUCGAACCCAGUGCAGCAGGAGGUUGAGCCUCAGGGUAUGGAUGGUAAUGCUGGCAGUCAGUUGGUGAGGAACUUCAUGGCAUUCAGGCCAUCGGAAUUCAGAGGGGGAAAUGAUGUUCUGGUUGCAGAAGAGUGGCUGAUGGCAAUAGAGAAACAUCUGCGGACCAUAGGAUGCACUGAUGCACAGAAGGUACAGUUGGCUACAUACCUACUUCGGGGAGCAGCUGAGAGGUGGUGGGAGACGGCCAGACUGCGAUUCAGGAACAGGGAGCCAUCUUGGGCUGAAUUUAGGGAGCUCUUCAACGCUAAUUAUUUUCCCGCCUGGGUUCGUAGCCAGAAGACAUACGAGUUCAUCGAGUUGACCCAGGGCAACAUGUCAGUGGCUCAGUAUGAGGAGGAGUUCACCUCCCUAGCACGCUUUGCCCCUGAGUUAGUAGACACUGAUGAGAAGAAAGCGACCAAGUUCUUGAGAGGGUUGCGAGUGGAGAUUCGAUUUCAGCUGGCAGGUGCGCAGUUCACUGACUAUUCUACACUGGUACAUCGGGCAUACAUCAUUGAGAGGGAGAGGAGCGAGCUGAGAGCAGCCCUGACAGCUACUAGGGGGUCAGGCUCAGCCCAGGGACAGGGCAAUGACAGGAAGAGGAAGGGUGCACCAGGGCCUUCGAGAGGCACGCCAGACAUCCCCCCAUGCAAGACAUGUGGAAAGAGGCAUCGUGACCCAUGCCGCUACGACAGAGGGGUGACAUGUUACACUUGUGGUCAGGCGGGGCACGUACAGAGGGACUGCCCUCAGGGGUCAGGUAGAGCAGGCAGCCAGGAGGUGACAUGUUUUAAAUGUGGGCGCAAGGGCCAUAAGGCCAACGUUUGUUCAGUGCCACCCCAGCGAGGAGGCCAAAGGCCGGGGUAUCAGAGUGAUAGAUCUGGGCAGAGGCAGUCAGUGCCUAGACUUCAAGGGAUGGCACCAUCAUUGGCACUACCAUCAGGACAGAGCACCGCAGAUGCUGAUAGACCCCACAUCCAGGGGCGAGUGUUCGCCUUGACUACAGCUGAAGCAGAGCAAGGGAAGGACACAGUGCAAGGUAUCUUAUCCUUAUAUGAUAUUGAUGUUUGUGUUUUAUUUGAUACGGGAUCCACACACUCUUUUGUUGCACCUCGGGUGGUAUGUCAUAUUCCAAUUUCCAGUACAUUGUUACCAUAUUAUUUGAUUGUAACUACUCCGGGAGAUACGAAAAUGGUGGGUAGUGAGGUGUAUAGGGAUUGUAAAAUCAUAGUGCACGAUAAGGAGUUUCCGGGGAAUUUGGUGGUGCUAGACAUAAAAGAUUUUGAUCUUAUUUUGGGCAUGGACUGGCUAUCCCAACACUAUGCUAAGGUUGAUUGUCGGCACAAGGUAAUUCAUUUUGAGUUGCCUCAUCAGCCAAUUGUUGUGUAUAGAGGCAUUAAACCAAUGAGCUCCACACCCUUGAUUUCGGUGAUAAAGGCAGAGAAAUUAAUGCGACAUGGUUGCGAGGCAUAUUUGGCUUUAGUGACGACUGGUAAUGAGGACAAGAUGGAAUUGCCAGAUAUUCCGGUGGUCUGUGAAUUUCCCGAUGUAUUUCCUGAAGAGUUGCCAGGAUUGCCGCCAUCGAGGGAGGUUGAGUUCUCUAUUGACUUAGUACCAGGUACGCAGCCAGUUUCUAGGGCUCCUUACAGAAUGGCUCCAAAUGAAUUGAAAGAGCUAAAGGUGCAGUUGGAGGAAUUGAUUGAGAAGGGAUUCAUCCGCCCGAAAGAUGUAAAGAAGACUGCUUUUCGCACUAGGUACGGUCAUUACGAGUUUGUGGUCAUGCCAUUUGGGUUGACUAAUGCCCCGGCAGUCUUCAUGGAUUUGAUGAACAGGGUGUUUAGAGAGUAUUUGGAUAGCUUUGUUAUAGUGUUCAUUGAUGACAUACUCAUCUACUCGCCGAGUUUGGAGGACCAUGAGACCCACCUUAGGCUGGCAUUGCAGAGGCUGAGGGAGAGGCAGUUGUAUGCCAAGUUCAGUAAGUGUGAUUUUUGGCAGCGACAGGUUGGCUUCUUGGGACACGUAGUAUCUGGUAAGGGUAUUUCAGUAGACCCUGAAAAAGUGAAGGCAGUGAUUGAGUGGCCACAACCGACUACAGUGACCGGCAUCAGGAGCUUUUUGGGGCUAGCAGGUUACUACAGAAGAUUCAUUGAGGGUUUCUCUAGGCUUUCAUCUCCUAUGACAAAGUUGACUGGGAAGGGAGUCAAGUACGAAUGGAACGAGGCUUGUGAGCGUAGCUUUGAGGAGUUGAAGAAGAGGCUAACCUCAGCACCAGUAUUGGCUAUUCCUAGGAGUGGAGUGACAUUUUCCAUCUUCAGUGAUGCGUCACACUCAGGUCUCGGAUGUGUAUUGAUGCAGGAUGGACGAGUGAAUGCCUAUGCCUCGAGACAAUUGAAGAAACAUGAGGUGAACUACCCUACCCAUGACUUGGAGUUAGCGGCAGUAGUGUUUGCUCUCAAGAUUUGGAGGCAUUACCUUUAUGGAGAGAAGGUGGAGAUUUAUACUGACCAUAAAAGUUUAAAGUACCUUUUCUCCCAGAAGGAGUUGAACAUGAGGCAACGUAGGUGGAUGGAGCUUUUGAAGGACUAUGAUUGUGAGAUCUUGUACCAUCCGGGGAAGGCCAACGUGGUGGCCGACGCAUUGAAUGCUUUGGGGACGAAGCUAAAGUUUAGUACCGCGUUCCACCCUCAGACAGAUGGACAGUCAGAGAGGACCAUCCAGACAUUAGAGGACAUGUUGAGGGCAUGUGUGUUGGAUUUCCAUGGUAGUUGGGAUGAUCAUCUGCCACUAGUAGAAUUCGCUUACAACAACAGUCACCACUCUAGUAUUGGUAUGCCGCCUUAUGAGGCACUUUACGGCAGGCCGUGUAGAUCACCCAUUUGUUGGGAGGAGAUUGGAGACAGAGCAUUAUUGGGGCCAGAGAUUGUUGAGCAGACAUCAGAAAAGAUUCGGAUUAUCAGGGCUAGAAUGAAGGUCGCACAGGACCGACAAAAGAGCUAUGCGGAUAAAAGACGUCGAGACUUGGAGUUCUCAGCUGGGGACCACGUAUGGCUGAGAGUGAUGCCCAUAAAGGGCGUACGCAGAUUUGGGGUGUCGGGGAAGCUUAGUCCUCGCUAUAUUGGACCGUUUGAAAUCUUGGAACGAGUUGGCCCUUUGGCCUAUAGGUUGGCCUUGCCACCACAGUUAGCUGGCGUUCAUAAUGUCUUCCAUGUGUCCAUGUUAAGGAAGUACGUGCCGGAUCCCCAGCAUAUCAUCGACUAUCAGACUAUAGAAGUCAAGGAGGAUGUCACAUACGAGGAGAAACCUGUUAGUAUUUUGGAGCGGAAAGAGAAAGUGCUACGAAAUCGAUCGAUUCCAUUUGUUAAAAUUCAGUGGCAGCGUCACUCUUUAGAUGAGGCUACCUGGGAGCGCGAGGAGGAGAUGAGGUGUCUUUUCCCCCAGCUAUUCGAGUGACCAGACAGGAAUUUGGGGACCAAAUUCUUUGAAGGGGGGGAGAAACUGUAACGACCCAUUAUUGGGUUUAGAAUUUUAGAAUGAUAUAUUAACUUAUUUUAGUUAUUAUAUAAGUUGAGCAAAUUUGAUUCUUAAUGUUGAAAUAG